CAGGAGCGCAGGCAGAGUGGGAGGGUCCGUGCGCGUCCUCCUGCACCACUAUUACGCACCGAAGCACAGAGGUCAUCACCACUGCCAGUGCGGAUUACUGACAGCACUCAGGUGACUGCACCGAUGAGAUGAUACUAAAACACCACAGGAGUCCUCUUCUGCUCACCGUCACCUGCAUGUGCUUCUCGGGGGGUCUGCUCUGGUCCUACCAGGAGGAGGAUGCCAGUGACGGUAACGGGUGCUCUGAAAAUAACAUUUCCACAACAAAGUACCCCUGCGUGAAAUCGACUGGAGAAGUGACGACGUGUUACAGAAAGAAAUGUUGCAAGGGCUUCAAGUUUGUGUCGGGCCAGUGCAUUCCUGAAGAUUAUGACGUGUGCGCUGGCGCCCCCUGUGAGCAACAGUGCACCGACCAUUUCGGUCGAGUUGUCUGCACCUGUUACCCCGGCUACCGCUAUGACCGGGAGCGUCACAGAAAACGACAGAAGCCCUACUGUCUGGACUUUGACGAAUGUGCAGACAAAAACACGACGGUGUGCUCUCAGAUCUGCAUCAAUUCUUUGGGGAGCUACAGGUGUGAGUGUGACACCGGCUAUUUCCUGGAAGAAGAUGGGAAAAUGUGCACCAAGGGGGAGAGAGCAGUGCAUCUCUUUGAGAAGUCUGACAACGUGAUGAACGCUGGGACUUGCUCAGCCACCUGUGAUGAUUUCCACCAGAUCAAGAUGUCGGUCCUGCAGCUAAAGCAGAAGAUGGCCAUGCUGUCAAACAGUGCUGACGUCCCUGAGCAGAUGACCAGCGAGAAAAUGACUUCCUCCGCAUUUCUACCAGGGCCUCCAGGUCUCCCUGGCCCCCCAGGAGAUCGAGGACCAGAGGGCCUUCCAGGGUUUAAUGGUCUAGUGGGGCCCCCUGGCCCUCCUGGACCGAGGGGCUUGAUGGGGCCCAUUGGACCCACACCAGACCUGUACCACAUCAAACGUGGCCCUCGAGGAUCUGUGGGGCCUCCAGGAGCACCAGGAAAGGAUGGGCGAAAGGGGGAUAGAGGCGCUCCUGGGCCCGUCGGACCACCAGGUCCUCCAGGCUCCUUUAAUUUCCUGCUCGUGCUCAUGGCUGACAUCCGCAACGACAUCGCGGAACUGCAGAGCAAGGUGUACGGUCAGCGGUUGCCCUCGCCGGUGGACGACUUCUCCACGGCCCCCGACAGCUGGAGGGUCAACACGGACAGUCUGGACACGGGAUCAGGGGACGGCGACAAAGAAGCUCCAUUUUGAACAGGUGGAGAAGAGGAGGAAACCAGACGGGACUGACUGUGACUGAAAUAUUUAAAGAGGGUCGAUUGAAAGACUGUAUGCCGGAUGUCAAUACUGAAAGUGGUUUGAUUUUGUUAUUUUUUUAUUUAACUGUAUAAACUAUAUAUGUCUUUUCAUCACAGAUGUUUAUUUUUGUAUGCUAUACAAGAGUAUAUGUAAUUUUAUAACAAAAUGAGCAGACUGUGCAGAUGCAUGUAUUUUUUAAUUGGAUGUUUUCAGAAACAUAUUGUUCCUUCACAGCACAUUAAACAAGUCUCUCGUGGAAGCUGUUUGCUCCUCAUUGCUUUGUGACACAUCUUGUGCUCUGGUCCGUUUGAAGGCAUUUGGCAAAGAGAUUCAAGCAGCAGGGACAUUGGACUCCACAGCCUUCUGUCCUCAUCUGUGAGGUACGAGUAAAAAGAGAUGGAAAAGAAAACUAAGGGCUGUGCUGCUUAACAACAGCUUGUCCUCGUGCAUCUUCUCUAGACCUCAGAUUAUCUCUGGAAAAACUAAGGGCGGUUUGUAUAACUGCAUUUUCAUCAAACCAAAUACGCACAAGUCAAUAGAGAGUAACAACUUUGCAAUGUUCACUUAAUUCACCUGAUCAGAGAUUUGACUUUGUGGCUAUGGAUAGUUAGUCUAUAAAGAACAGUGGUGUUAUGCCAGUUUCCCAGCUUACAGUUAUAUUAGGUUAUAGUUUACUUGUUUAUUGACGUUGUGUAAAACCAGUAAGACUUUAACUCAGGUGCUGCAGGAAACUGUCAAUCCAAAGUUGUCAUUGUGUCGUUGUUGCUCCCCACUAACUGUGAAAUCGAAUGCACAUCUGAACUCAACUCAGUUUACAUUAGUGGCUUCAUGGAUGAGAUGACUUUCUAACACCAUUUCCCUCUAUACACCACUAGAGGGCGACCUACUCAAAGCCAACAAUCUAAUUCACUGACAUUUGUGAUAGUCUGGUUAACUUCAUGUCAUCAGGUUUUCUACAGUGUCACAGCACUGAGAAAUAAAUUAAAUAUAUUUCUUAUUAUGGUAUUUUGCCAUAUUCAGAUUAACUAUCUGUUGCAGUUGUAGUCAAGAGGUUGGAAUUGUUGAUAAAUACAUAAAAUAAAUCAGAUUAAAUAAACAAAAUAUGUCUUGUUUAAAACUGUCACAUAGUUUCCUACAAACAGUUUAUUACAUGUUUGUAUACUGCUUAUUACCAGCCUCAAUAAAAUACUGACAGCUUUGAAGUCUGAUAUUAUAUGUUCUCCUUCAGUUUUUCUGGAAGAGGCAGCUGGGCCUCCGAAGUGAGAACGAGGUCUUGGUGUUAGGUUUCUAGCUGCGUUUUUGAUAUAGUGGUACAGCCUUUCCUGAAGUCAUGAACUUUGUAGUUUUGUUCUUUUUGCUGCUCAUAACUCAUAUUUAUCUCACUCUGUCUUCAUUUGGAAGAGGAGAAGCUGCAGACACGAUCUGAGGGGGGGGGGGGGGGGGACAAGAUGAUGUCACUUUAUUUUCAGCAAAAACAAGAGCACGCAAUAAAACUCAAAACAGACCUGUUCAAGAAUCCUUCAGUGUCGUUUAUCCGCGCUGAUCCAAACAUGUUGUAACUUCCCUCCAAAUACUUCAUCAACCACAGGAGAAUAAAAAAACUAAGCACAUCUGUUUAGAGAGAAGGAGAACUUUACAUGACUGAUUUCUUAUUUUUCUGGUCUUACACAUGUAAUAAUAAUCUAAUAAUGUGACAAAUGAUAAUAGGCGGAUAUGUCUCCAUGACAUUUUUUUUUUUACUUGUUUCUGUGUUAUUUGACAAUUAAACCAAUAAAAUGUCAAUAUGU